AUGACCACUGUCGAUCCCGGCCUUUCGGGGUCGGAAAUCGACGUCGUCGGCGUCCUCGAACGCGCAACGUCGGUCUUUUCCCUGCUAGGGUCCAUGGUUGUCAUCACCACCUUCACCUUUUCCCGGGCCUUCCACAAGCCCAUCAACCGACUUGUCUUCUACGCAACGUUCGGCAACCUUAUGACAAAUGUAGCCACAUUGAUGGGCCGGUCGUUUGUCAACGACAUCAACCAGGCAGGCUGCCAGUUCCAGGCUUUCCUCAUCCAGAUGUGCGUUUCCCGGGAGCGGAUUACGGGGUUCAAGUUUGCUGACGGUGUGUGGACUAGGUUUAUGCCCGCCGAUGCUUUUUGGAUGCUGGCCAUGGCUCUGAACGUGCACCUCACCUUUUACUACAAGUUUGACGCCCGGCAGCUGCGGCGGAUGGAGCUACCGUAUUUUCUCUUUUGUUAUGGUAUCCCCUUCAUCGUUUCCCUCACCUUGGUGUUUGUGUCAUCCCCCGAAAAGGGCCGGAUGUACGGAAACGCAACGCUGUGGUGCUGGAUUGCUCCCAAAUGGGACAUCUUCCGUAUUGCCAUCUUCUACGGGCCUGUCUGGAUCGUGAUCCUCAUCACUUUUUCCAUUUAUAUCCGCGCAGGUCGCGAGAUCUACAAGAAGCACAAGCAGUUGAGGGAGUUCAGCACCAGCCAUCACGACCCGGAACCCCUCCACGCCGUCGAGGACCUGUUCAGCUCCACCAAAACGACCGAGGUCUAUGUGACUACCGAAGUGAUCGACAAGCGCGCCUCUAUCGACCUCGCACCUAUACGGGGUGGCGAACGACGACGAUCAGAGGGCUCGUCGCCGCAAAGACCGCACAAAGCAGCCUACUCGGUCACGAUCUCCUCUCGUCGCCCCGGCGAAACACAUGGCGACAACAACGCAGAAGAUCAGCAGCAGCAACAGCAGCCGCAGCAGCAAGUCCAAACCACCAUCACCACCAACCCGCAAGCCACGGGCACCGGUCUCACCCGCGUCACCACCAACACCCACAACAACAAUAACACUCUCACCAGCACCAGCACCGCCACUGGCAGCGCCGCCACCGUGAGCCCAAACACCACCAACCCCAACCCGCUCCGCCGCCGCGCCGCCUUCGAAGCCACCAACGCGACGUGGUCCUACACCAAGUGCGCCCUGCUCUUCUUCACCGCCAUGUUAGUCACCUGGAUCCCGUCCAGCGCCAACCGCGUUUUUGGCGUCGUACACGCCGGCCAAACCUCCCUCCCGCUCGAGUACAUGUCCGCCUUCGUGCUGCCGCUGCAGGGGUUCUGGAACGCCAUCAUCUAUUGUGUCACCUCGUGGGGGGCAUGCCGGAUGCUGGGGGAGGAUGUGAGGUCGUGGUGGUCGCGGGUGGGGAUGGGUUCGGGGAUGGGGAGAGGGAGGAGUGGGGAUGGGGAGGAUGCGGGCGAGGUCGGGCUGCAUCUGGGGCGGCCGUCGAGGUCGGCGUUCCGGAUGGUGGGUGGGAGCCGCAAGACCAGUGAUUCGAAGACGUAUGAGACGGAGAGCAUGACAGAGUUGGCGGCGAGCCGCCCGGGGUCGAGUGGUAGCCCGACUAUGAUGGGUGGGGCGACGCCGCUGCCGCCGCCGCAGACGGCAAAGAUGGGGGUGUGA